CGGCUCGUCGUCUUUCUGGACUACGACGGCACGCUGACGCCCAUCGCGUCCGCGCGCAUGUCCGCGGCGAUGCGCGACGCGCUGCGGCGGCUGGCGAGCCGCGCGACGGUCGCCGUCGUGAGCGGCCGCGCGCGGGAGAAGAUCCGGGAGUUCGUGGACCUCGGCGACCUCUACUACGCGGGGAGCCACGGCUUCGACAUCGACGGGCCCGGCGGGCUCCGGCACGCGGUGGCGCAGCACACCCUGCCCCUCCUCGCCGAGGCGCGGCAAGCCCUCGAGGGGAAACUCGGCGCCGUCGAGGGCUGCGCCCUCGAGGACAACCGCUUCUCCGUGUCCGUGCACUGGCGCAAGUGCGCGCCGCGGCGCGACGCCAUCGAGCGCGUCGUCGACGACGUGCUCGCGUCGCCGCCCUUUGCGGGCGCGCUCCGCAAGAGCGAGGGCAAGUGCGUCUUCGAGCUCCGGCCGGACGUCGCCUGGGACAAGGGCUCCGCCGUGCUCUACCUCCUCGACAUGCUCCGCGCGCGCGACCAGGCCGGCGGCGCCGACGCGCCCGAGUCGUGGUACCGGGGCGUGCUGCCCGUCUACGUCGGCGACGACACGACGGACGAGGACGCCUUCCGCGCCCUGUCGCGCUACGACGCCGUCUCCGUCCUCGUCGCGCCCAAGGCCGAGGCCGAGCGGCCGCGGCUCACGCACGCGACGCACACGCUCCGCGACGUCGACGACGUCCUCGCCUUCCUCGACGCCCUCGCGAGCAUCCCGCCCGUCGCCUCAUGA